GCUCCUCGUGCCGGUAAAAGAAAAUGUUCCGUACCUUGCGAAUAGUGUGUUCUGGCAGGAAAAGCAUCGAUUUAGCACUUUAUCGCCAGUUUACCCGUGUGUGCGUGGCCCGGCAAAAGUUUUCCUCCGUUCUGUGCGCUCCCCGGGGCUCACGGCCCGCGGUUGAACCGGUCGCAAAAGAACAUACACCGGCAAAACCGGCACUAAAUUCGAUCGUCACCGAUCAUCAGCAUGGCCCGGAAGAAUUCAAUGCAGCCGACGAGCUAUUUCACAAUCAGAACGGGAUUGCGAAUCUUAAAGUGUCGGAGUUGCUAAAGGAUGUGCCGCGAACGAAACACGUUCGGAAACGCACGCACAGAAAUGACGAGCGGGAACAAAGAAAGCCCCCGGCACCGGUACUGAAAAAGACGGAGAUUGAGAAGGAUACGUUGAAGCUGUUACAGCAUCGAUACCAGGAUCCGUGUGGAUCGGAGGACCGGUACGAUAAGGCACUGAAAUUGCGCUACACUGUUCUACAGUCGAACGACGCACGGUACGGCGACCUAAAGAUGCUGGUCAGCUCGAGGAAACGGCGAGAACGGGAGAAGAUGCUGGUGCUGGAAGGUAGGCGGCUGAUUCUCGAUGGAUGUGCCGCCGGCUUACGCCUCGAGGCAGUCGUUGCCAGCGAUGUGAAGCUGUUGGGCGAACUGGGCCUCAAAUCCAAUCCCAAAGAUUGUCCCUUCUUUCUGGUGAAUCGUCAAACCAUGAUGGAAUGGUCCUCGCUAAUGACCAGUCCAGGAUUGAUUGGUGUGUUUGCUGCGCCCCAGAAUCUGGCCGAAGUAAUCGCCCGGAACAGUACGGCAGGCGGCAGUAAACGGCUUCCGGUGACCGUUGUGUGCGACAAUAUCCGUGAACCGAAUAAUCUGGGCAGCGUGAUACGUAGCUGUGCGGCCGUUUCCGCUCAGGAAGUGAUUCUACUCAAAGGUUGCGCCCAUCCGUGGGACCUGAAGUGUUUGCGGGGUGGUGCGGGCUCCCAUUUUCGCAUUCCGAUCCACGGACCGAUGGAGCUGUAUCAGCUGCCCGAACUGACGCGUGCCGGAUCAAUUUUCGUAAUCGCCGACAAUAAGAGUGCCGGCGAUGGCCUGGCAGGUGGUUUCCGGUGGGAGCAGUACGAUCGUAUCGAUUAUGGUUCUGCGGACCAUGUGGCACUGUUCAUCGGUGGUGAAACGUAUGGUGUUGGUGAGGAUGUUCGACGAUUCGUCAACCAGUUGACAAAGACGAGCGAGGAAGUGGGAACGGAGCGGGGACGAAAGUUUGUGGCUCACAUACCACUGGCGAAUGGAGUUGAAAGUUUGAACACCGCAUCCGCUCUGAGUAUACUGUUGUACGAGAUCAGAAAGUCCUUACAACCGUUGAUGCAAGAAACGUAAACCAAACGUUGUACUCAAGAACUCGUAGAAAAAUAAUAAUUACUUCAAAGUGAAAUAAAAGUUAGACAAACAUUA